CAAAAGUCUCAACAAUUUCUCCGCAACUCUUAGUGGGAAGCUACGAAGGCUUCUUCAUCGAAAGGUUUAAAGUCGCGAGCUGAACCACAACUCAAUCGAGAAAAGUGCCGAUAAGGCAAUGCGCGUUUACCAGUGACGUCCGACUGAGCAUCAUCCAUCUCUUGUCCCUCUCCUGUGUCUCUGAGCCAAUACUACCCCAGCAAGGGCCAGUACCUUCGGCAUCGCCGCCUACGACGUGCUCCAAAUAUCCGAUCUCUCUCCAUCAUCUCACAAAGCACCGCCAUGGCCAGCAACAAGCAGUUAAAGCAGCGCCGAAGGGGGGACUAUGGGUACAUCCUAGACUACCGGACACGAUGGGCCGAUAAUGAUAUGUAUCAGCACAUGAACAAUAGCGUCUACAACUUCCUAUACGACUCCGUAGUCAACGCCUACCUGAUCGAGCAUUGCGGCCUGUCUCCCUUGCGUUCUGGUCAGUACGGCCUUGUGGUACACUCACACAGCGACUACUUUGCUUCGAUUGCGUACCCCGCAGUCGCUCAAUUAGCGCUGCGAGUGAACAAGUUGGGGAAGUCAAGCGUCACCUACGAAAUUGCCUUGUUUGAAAAGGGAGUGGACGAGGUGAGAGCAGUCGGGGAGUUUACCCACGUCUUUGUCGAGAGAUCUACCGGUCGUCCAACCGCAUCCGGAAUGGAGGACGAAAUGCGGAGGGGUCUACAGCGACUUCUGGUGGUGGAUGGCAGGGAAAACAAGCUCUAA